UACAACGUGUUGUUGCCUUUAUAAACUCUGCAACAUCACAGAGGGAGUUACAGCAACUUUGUUGUCUGACAGCAGUAGACUAACGAAGCACAGUUUAGUGAAAAGCGACUGACAUUUAUUUUCACAUUUAUGCAUCGUUUAUUAUUUAUGCAGAUAAAACAUUUUUGUAGAAACGUUUGAAAAUUCUUUUUUUUGACAACAUUGCUUUUUUUUCAAUUUAAUAUUUAACAAUGAUUUGGUCGGUCAUCUGCGCAACUUUUCUCCUUGCUCCUUUAGUUUGCGAGGCAAGAACCAAGCGAUAUGUCAUCGGCUGUCCAGAUAAAUGUGACAAAUCUCUAUGCCCCCCGAUCCCUGCGGACUGCAUGGCCGGCGACAUACUUGACCAAUGCGACUGUUGUCCGGUCUGUGCGUCCGAAGAGGGUGAGGCAUGCGGCGGCACAGGGAGAUUAGGGGACCCGGAGUGCGGAGAGGGCAUGGAAUGCUCGAUAACGGACGGAAUUGGGGUGUCCGCCACAGUGAGGCGUCGGGGCAAAAGCGGUGUGUGCGUCUGCAAAGGUUCGGACCCGGUGUGCGGCAGCGACGGGGUGUCCUACCAAAACAUCUGCGAACUGAAGAGAGUGAGUAAUCGGGCUCUGAAGCUGCAGCAGCCACCGGUCAUCUUCAUACAGAGAGGAACCUGUGGCAAAGGCCAGGAGAAUCCAGACAGUCUGCGCCACAGAUACAACUUUAUUGCUGACGUGGUUGAGAAGAUUGCUCCUGCUGUGGUUCAUAUUGAACUCUACCGCAAGAUGGUAUUCUCUAAGCGGGAGGUGGCGGUGGCCAGUGGUUCUGGCUUCGUGGUAUCAGAGGACGGCCUGAUCGUGACCAACGCCCACGUGGUGGCCAAUAAGCACCGGGUGAAGGUGGAGCUGAAGAGUGGCGCUACCUUCGACGCCAAGAUCAAAGACGUGGACGAGAAGGCCGACAUCGCCCUCAUCAAGAUCGACGUCCCGAUGAAGCUGCCAGUGCUGCUGCUGGGUCGUUCAGCUGACCUGAGGCCUGGUGAGUUUGUGGUGGCCAUCGGCAGCCCCUUCUCCCUGCAGAACACGGUCACCACAGGUAUCGUCAGCACCACCCAGAGAGGAGGCAAGGAGCUGGGCCUGAGGAACUCUGACAUGGACUACAUCCAGACGGACGCUAUCAUCAACUAUGGGAACUCUGGCGGACCCCUGGUCAAUCUGGACGGAGAGGUGAUUGGGAUCAACACACUGAAGGUGACAGCAGGAAUCUCCUUCGCCAUCCCAUCAGACAAGAUCCGUCAGUUCCUGGCAGAGUCCCAUGACAGGCAAUCUAAAGGUACAGAUUACCAAUCUAAAGGGAAAUUAUCAACAAGUAAGAAAUAUAUCGGUGUGAGGAUGAUGACUCUCACACCAAUGCUUGCAAAGGAGCUGAAGGAGAGACAAUCGGACUUCCCCGAUGUUACCUCAGGGGCAUAUGUCAUCGAGGUCAUCCCAAAAACACCAGCUGAGACAGGUGGCCUGCAGGAGAGUGAUGUCAUAAUCACCAUCAACAGCCAGCGAAUCACCUCGGCCAGUGACGUCAGCAGCUCCAUCAAGAGGGAAGACACGCUGCGGAUGGUGGUCCGGCGGGGAAACGAGGACAUCAUGCUCACCGUCGUCCCAGAGGAGAUUGACCCUUGACUUCUCAGCAACCAUGAGCUGGUUCUCAGUGUUGAAAAUCACGGACCUUAAACCGGGUGUGUCUGGAGCCACACCCUACCUUAGAACCUGUAACUACUAGUGUGUCCCCCUUCCCUCCACUCCCCUCAAACUACAGAGGUCUGUGAGGCCCACACCUACCACCCUGGGAGCUCAAAUGUGUCCAGGCUAAUAAAGACAUAUUUUAGCACC